CUGCUCCCAACCGCCGCCCCGGUCUCUAACCACCGACGACGCCCCAGAUGCGCCGCACCACGCGCCGGCCAGCUCCACGCCAUACCGCGCCGCGCGCCCUCCGCCCCAACCACCUCUGUCGCCUCCACACUAUUCCCGAGCACCGCCCCCUGCCGCCGGGCCCCUGCUCCCGAGCGCCACCGCCCGCCGCCGGGACACUACUCUGGAGCAUUGCCCAGGGCCCAUGCCCCCAUCCCCAACUCUCACCAGGCCCCCUAGCUUCACCGCCCAGGCAACAUCGCUGCCCCCGGGCGAUGCCCAGGGCCCCGCACCGCUGACAGCCGUCGCCCUGGAUCUCCUCUCCCAACCUUCGCCGGGGCCGCCUCCUCUACCAGUCGCCGCCGUGGUAUCACCGGCGACCCUCCCCUGUUGUCGUCUCCCUCCUCCCUUCUUAAUUCCUCACCCACCGGUUGGGCUCUGCUUGGAUUUUGGCCGCGGGAUCCGUCCGUCCCUACACCACGUGGGUUUUGAUGACUGCAGACGAGCGAGAUCGAUGGCAACCGACGUCAACCACCGGUGCACUCGCCAUGCCCAGUCACCUUUGUACUCUCUCGGCUUCGACGACAGCUCGGAUUUCACCUCCGAUCAGUGCUCCAUGCUCCCCACCGACGCACCCCGUCGCCGUCCACCGAGCCACCUCGCCACCACUUGCAGAAGGAGGAGGCCUCGGCCUGAAGCUAGAGGAGGACUCGACCUGCAUCUGCAGAUGGGUGGCGGCGGGAGGUUACUUCUUUGGGCUAUAUUCGACAGAGUACGUCAAUGAAUGGAUGGUUUCUGAAGAUUUCCAACUUGAAGGGCUCACCUUUUAUACACAUGAAUGCACGGUGCAUACGCCACGCUUCAUUAUGCUAUGGAUGCUUGUCUUACCCAACCUCUGGAUAACAUUGGUGUAUCGGAGAGCCCAUCCUACCUUCUUGCAGUGGUCCACCCCGGUCACCACAAUCGGCGAUGUGGAUCGGCCGCCGCUGUCCCGAGCAGGGGACCUCACAAACCACGCCCCAACCGUCCGCGCGCGUCAAUGGGUCGCUGCCCCAUUCCUCCGUCUCCCUGAUGAUGCUACCAGGCAGAGGCUCCCCCACCACCGCGCAGACUACUACCGGUGCAGCUUCACUGCCGCACCAUGGCGUUCAUCGACGCCUCCUCCGGCCAUUCAAGUACGCGGCCCGUGGAGGUUCACAACUACAGGGCCCCCGGAAUCCUACUCCUGCCAUGCUCAGACGAGGAAGGUUUCGGCCUCAUACUUCUGAUUUCAUAUUUGAUACAUCUCCAACGUAUCUAUAAUUUUUGAUUGCUUCAUGCUAUAUUAUCUACUGUUUUAGAAUAUAUUGGGCUUU